ACUCGCUCUAUAGGUAGCAAGACCCGUUGUCCUUUAGGAAUACGGAGGUUGACAUCUUCGUUCUGAGGGUGCGGGAAAAAUCAGUUGUCACUUUAAAAGAGUUCACGCUUGCUAAGGUGCUAAGGCAGAAGCCGCACCGAAGCGUCGCGAGAACUGCAACCACCCGCAACUUCUCGCGAUGUUUGGCCCCGCUAAAGGUCGCCAUUUUGGAGUCCACCCGGCGCCUGGUUUCCCCGGCGGCGUCUCCCAACAGGCUGCCGGGACCAAAGCUGGCCCCGAGGGUGCCUGGCCUGUGGGCAGCCGGACCGACACGAUGUGGCGGCUCCGCUGCAAGGCCAAGGAUGGCACCCAUGUUUUGCAGGGGCUGUCCAGCCGGACCCGGGUGCGGGAACUCCAGGGCCAAAUUGCCGCCAUCACCGGGAUCGCCCCCGGCGGUCAGCGAAUCCUCGUCGGAUACCCUCCCGAGUGCCUGGAUCUCAGCAAUGGGGAUACCAUUCUGGAAGACUUGCCCAUCCAAUCUGGUGACAUGCUGAUCAUUGAAGAAGACCAAACCAGGCCCAGAAGUUCACCUGCAUUUACUAAACGUGGUGCUUCUAGUUACGUCAGGGAAACUUUGCCUGUGCUUACCAGAACCGUGGUCCCAGCAGACAACUCUUGCCUCUUUACCAGUGUGUACUAUGUCGUCGAAGGAGGAGUCUUGAAUCCAGCUUGUGCCCCUGAGAUGAGACGCCUCAUAGCACAAAUUGUAGCAAGCGAUCCAGACUUCUAUAGUGAGGCAAUACUGGGAAAAACAAAUCAAGAGUACUGUGACUGGAUCAAAAGGGAUGACACUUGGGGAGGAGCAAUAGAGAUAUCGAUUUUGUCCAAGUUUUACCAAUGUGAAAUAUGUGUAGUGGAUACACAGACAGUAAGAAUUGAUCGUUUUGGGGAAGAUGCAGGAUAUACCAAAAGGGUUCUGCUUAUUUAUGAUGGCAUCCACUAUGAUCCACUUCAGCAUAACUUCCCUGAUCCAGAUACACCUCCUCUGACCAUUUUCUCCUCUAAUGAUGAUAUUGUUCUUGUACAAGCACUGGAAUUAGCAGAUGAAGCUAGAAGAAGGAGACAGUUUACUGAUGUCAACCGCUUCACCCUGAGAUGCAUGGUAUGUCAGAAAGGAUUAACUGGACAAGCAGAAGCAAGGGAACAUGCCAAGGAGACAGGCCAUACCAACUUUGGAGAAGUGUGACCUAUGCAUGAAUGAGGGUUGAAGCCUACUACCUCACACAUCCAGAAGGCUCUGGGUUUUCCAAUAAGCUAUCGUAACCGUAAAGAACAAAGGAUACAAUGCUUGAACCAUCCUUUUAACUUAAAACCACUAAGACACUGAAAUUCCUUGUUAAGAUUAAAAUUAGUGUGCAAGUUUACAGAUGUGUGUCUACAGUGGUAAACUGUACAUACAUGCCUGUUUCUGCUGGAGUGACAGAAUAGGUGAUCCUUGCCACCUACUGACACUGACCUGAAGGUUGAGAUUGAGUAUUAUAAACUAGCACCCAGCAGCUUUAACUUGUAGAAGAAAGCAUCACAUUUUGGGUAAUGUGGAAGGCCUCCUGUGAGUCCACUGGGCAUACGAUUGAGAUUGAGUGUUAUAAACUAGCACCCAGCAGCUUUAACUUGUAGAAGAAAGCAUCACAUUUUGGGUAAUGUGGAAGGCCUCCUGUGAGUCCACUGGACAUUUACCACAGUGUCUCCAGUAACUGAGUCUUUUUUAAAAACUCUGAAUGAGUUAAGUUUCUAAAUUAUGAAUUGAUUCAUCAAAUGAAGAUACUCAGAAUUGUCCAAACUGAUUUUAUAUUGCAAUUUGGUAGACAUUAUAAAUGUGUGCUUAACCACUGAUAAGUACAUCACAAGCAAUUUUUACAGGGAUGAGUCUCAUCCUUGAGAAUGUUAUCACAAAACAGGAACUGAUUGUGCCCUGUUUAAGAUCUCUAGCAUAUAAAACGUAGAAUGUAUGAGGGAAAAGGUGCCUGAGCAGCUUCCUGAAGCUUUAAAAGACCGAUGGCCUCGCAUUUUAAUGCAAUUCAUGUAUUGGUCUUUGUCACAUUGGAUAACAUUUUAAAGUUAAGCAGGGUACUUUUUCAAUUGAAAUUCCUUGAAAUUCGAGUCCUCAGUUUUUUCUUCAUUUGCGUAAAGUUUAUCGGGAGGAUUUAAUUUUCUCAGCUUUUUGUUAAGAGCACUUCCUCCAAAAAAUUUUUUUCAAGUAAUAAUGCUCUGCUUUGGGUUGGUUUUUGUAAGAUUUUUUGCACACCUAAAGAGUGUUUGCUUUUGUGCUAGCCUUAUCCCUCCACUAAAGUUAUUUUAAAUAAUUUCACAUUUCUGCAAAUUAGCACUUUGCUUAUCUGCAGUCUUUUACUUUGAUUUUUGAAGUUUUAAAGUAAUUGGAGUAAUACUGUUGAAUGAACUAGUUUCACUUCCAAAAUAGAAAAAAUUGUAAAUCCUUGCCUUAUGCAGCUUUCUCAGAAUUCUGCUUCUUCCUAGUACUAGAUGUGUAGCCAUUUGCUUAGUGGACUAAUCCGCAAGGCACACCCUCUAAAACUUAGCUUCACUACAAGAUCUUCCAGAUAAAAGUUUUCUACCUCUUUUCUUAAUUAUUCUGAUCAGGGAUGCUAAAUUAUAAUUUGUUAUGUAUUAUCUCACAUAAUGUGAAGAGGCUUAAUGUUGUGAAGUUUUGUUAUUUUGGUCUCAUUUUUUAUUAAGUAUCUCACUUAGAAAUUCAGUGGUAUACUUUAAAGCACUUGGAUCUUUUUCAGCAUAUCUUCCUAGCAAAUGUUUUAAAAUUGACAUUUAUUUUUAGCACUUUCACUUGGUGAAGGUGGCCAUAUAAAAUUAAGGAACAUUUGAACAGUAUAAGAGAAAAGAACUUUUAAGGAACAAUUCACAAAGUUUGUUUGAAAUCGUCAGAUGACAUUUCUUGAGUACCUUUUGUGUGCAUAGUUAUUUUAGACAAUAUAAGCUGUUAUGGUCAGCAUAACUUAAAAGUGUUUAGUUUUCUAUUUUACUGAGCCUUAAAAAUAGCACUGAUGAGCUUAUGAUACUUAAUGUUUGGCAAUCAUAAUGUGUUCAAAUUAAUGGGAUUGAAAAAUCUCUCCACACCUGACUCUCAUCUGGUCUGGAUGGUUUUGGUUUUGUAUCUUUUUUACUUCUCCCAGAAAAUACUAAAUUUAAAACUGUAAAUUAAGAAUAUACCACUAGAUAACAAUUAUCAAAUUGAGCUUUAUGCAUCAUUACUCAGAAAGCUUGCCUUCCUUUCUUUGCUACUUCAGGACACAGAGUUGACAUUUGCUUACUACAGCUUUAGAUCUAGAAGUUUAUUCAUGCAACAAAUAUUUAUUGAGUAAUUUAUACUGUGCCAGGCAUGUUUUGAUAUGUUUCUGUCAUAUGUUUUGAUAUGUUCCAACAUAAGUUUCUGUCACUUUAAAAUUCAGUAUAUAUUUUCUACAAUGGGUAAAUUUAACAAAUGGAAAGGAAUAGAACACUGAUAUUUUACAGAAUUAAACCCCUUCAUUGUAAGGGCUUUGUUUACA